AUACCGACCAAACCCCUCUUCCUCUCUUCUCAGCUUCCCUCUCCACUUACUCUUGCAACCAAAAUUUCCUUCUCCCAUCUCAUAAGUAGGCGAAUAGCCUUGACCACUCCCCUGGUUGUUCGAUAGGGAAGAGAAAAAAGGGAGAGAAAUAAAGGUGAUGGCGGAGGAGUCGUGCUGCGGGCUGAUGUUCUGGGUGUAUCUGCUGAUAUGCGCGGCGUUGGUGUCGUUCGCGGGGUUGAUGUCCGGCCUCACCCUCGGCCUCAUGUCCCUCAGCCUCAUGGACCUCGAGGUCCUUGUCAAGGCCGGCCAGCCCGAGGACCGGAAGAGAGCCACCAAGAUUCUGCCCGUCGUCAAGAAUCAGCAUCUGCUGCUCUGCACCCUUCUCAUCGGCAACUCCCUGGCCAUGGAGGCUUUGCCCAUAUUUCUUGAUUCUUUGGUUCCGGCGUGGGGGGCGAUACUGAUAUCCGUGACCCUUAUCUUGGCUUUUGGUGAGAUAAUUCCGCAAGCAGUGUGUUCACGCUAUGGAUUGAGCGUGGGAGCCAAGCUGGCUGGGGUUGUUCGAGUGCUUUUGGUGGUCUUCUUCCCCGUAUCUUAUCCUAUUAGUAAGCUGUUGGACUGGAUUCUGGGAAAAGGGCACUUUGCACUAAUGAGGAGGGCUGAGUUGAAGACGCUGGUGGAUAUGCAUGGAAAUGAGGCAGGAAAGGGUGGAGAGUUGACUCAUGAUGAAACCACUAUUAUUACUGGAGCAUUACAGAUGACCGAAAAGACUGCGAGAGAUGCUAUGACGAAAAUAUCCGAUACCUUUUCCCUCGACAUAAACUUUAAUCUUGAUAUGUACACUAUGGGUUUAAUAAUGACUAAAGGGCAUAGUCGUGUGCCAAUCUACUCUGGGAGCCCAACAAAUAUUAUUGGCCUUAUUUUGGUUAAGAAUCUGAUCACUUGCCGACCUGAAGAUGAGGUCCCUAUUAGAAACGUUACCAUCAGAAAAAUUCCUAGGGUAUAUGAUGACCUUCCUCUCUACGACAUACUGAACGAAUUUCAAAAGGGCCACAGUCACAUGGCUGUGGUUGUUAAACACAAUAAGGAUAUUGGACAAACAACAGAAAAAAGCAAGAGCAAUAUUUUAGAGAAUAGAAUGAACCAGAAUAGGAAACACAUGCCAGCUGAUGGUAUUCCUGGAGACGGAUCUCAAUUAGUUUUGACUGAGCAUUUGGGUGUCAUUACAAAAGCAUCCCCUGUGAAUAGUAAUGUCCCUGAUAGUCAGAGUCAUGUGAAACGAAGCAACAUGGAGAAACAUGGAGAGGUGCGUUCACAAUUGAAGAAGUCGGAGCGAGGACGGCAUGACAAUAUUCUUGAUGUUAAUUUGGAUCCCCUUCCAAGCUAUUCAGUUGAUGAAGAAGUGAUUGGAAUUAUAACAAUGGAAGAUGUUAUGGAGGAAUUGCUACAGGAAGAAAUAUUGGAUGAAACAGACGAGUAUGUUGAUGUCCACAACAAGAUCAAAAUAAAUAUGUUACCACCAGGAAGAUCAUCACCGAGAUCUCCAGGAGCUGCAUAUAUCUCUCAUUUUGCACGACGAACGCCAACAGCUUCUCCCCUUUCUCCCUAUCAUCAUACUGCCAUGUCACGCUCACCUGUUUCUCCAAACGUUCAAGCUGCUGCUCCAACAUCAACCAUUUCAAAUUCUCCUGGAAAGUCGUCGCCAAGUUCACCAGCUAAUCAUGCAGGCCUAAGCCACAAUUCACCAGCUUCAAAUCGAGUCUCGAGAAAAUCAUAUGAGAAGCUACAAAAAAAUGGAGAGAGCAAGGAUUGAUUGCCUAUGCCGGCAAGUUGAAAGUCACUUAGUUAUGAGUACAUGGAGGUUAUGAUGGUGAUAUUAUGUGGAUGUUGGAUCAAUAGUUUUGGAAUCACUAUCAGAUAUUAAUCUUAGCUCACUAUGUAAUAUGUAUAUUGAUUAUUGCUUUUGUAUAUAGCAUGUGUUGAAAAAUCAGUCCAAUUUGAUGUUUUCAUCAUUUUAAAUGUUUCUAAUGACUACUUAUGAUAAUUUUACUUUAUUGAAAAUGGGGGAAAGGAAAACAUAGGUUGCAAAUUGUGUUUUGAGAA